AUGAUUAUCCAGAAGCCGCAAAGUGAACCUACUUUAGUAGAAAAGGAUCAUGCCGAACUAACGAAAAUUAAACAUAUAGAGUACAUCGAGAUUGGGAAGUAUGAAGUCGAUUGUUGGUACUUUUCUCCCUAUCCAAAAGAGUACCAGGUUCCUAGACUAUAUAUAUGUGAAUACUGUCUCAAAUACUUCAAAACCGCACAGGAUCUAGAUAGACACAGUGAGAUCUGUCCAAUGUACUGUCCUCCUGGUCCAGAGAUCUACCGCGAUGGGAAUCUCUUAAUGUACGAAGUGGAUGGGAAUGAAGAGGUGCUCUAUUGUCAGAACUUGUGUUUACUAAUGAAACUGUUUAUCGAACAUAAAACUAUCUACUACGACACAUAUCCCUUCUAUUUCUACGUUCUCUGCGAGGAAGACGAGGAGGGCAGCCACAUUAUCGGGUUCUUUUCCAAAGACAAAAACUCACAAGAGGGUUACAAUCUCGCUUGCAUUUGCUGUCUGCCCUUUUUGCAGCGAUCCGGCUUUGGAAGCUUCUUAAUUUCGUUCUCGUAUGAACUUUCCAAGCUAGAAAACAAGAUCGGAUCUCCCGAGAAACCGCUGUCAGAUCUGGGUCGGAUUAGCUAUCGUCGGUUCUGGACGUUUAUGAUCAUGCAAACGCUGCGAGAAACGGAUUGCUGGUGCAGUUUGAAGGACAUUUCGAUGAAAACGUCGAUCAAAAUCGAAGACAUCGUAAGCACGUUGGAUACGCUGGGGCUUUUGAAAGUGUGGCGAGAUCAAUACGUUGCUGCGAUUUCGAAGGAUAUCGUCGACAACUACUUCAAAACCACCAAGGUUCCCACCAAUCUUUGCAAACCCGAAAAGCUCAAGUGGACGCCGCAUCCGCCUCCUCCCCCUUCGAAUUGA